CGCUUGCUGAGUUGUUCCUUCAAGUAUCUCUGUAGAUAUUAGCAAGCUGUUUCUUGAUUUAAUGUCAUCGGCAUACUGGCUGAUAUCCGAACAGAGGACGGACCGGAGAUGUCAAUGCCUUGGUCCUUUCAUUGCUGGGUGCUACUUUCCAGAGGAUGUCAAGUGGUGUAAUGCCAGCUAAACAGUUUAAUUUCUCCAGUGAUGUGGGGCAGAGACGUCCUGUGAUAAUGCGGCAUGUCUGUUUUAACACUGGGUGUGUUUAUUCAGCAGCAGAGUAGCAAAGCACAAGGGCAGAUGUCUUCACUGUGUCUGGUUAUGAUCCCCAGGUCGUGCCAGUCAGCUUUUGUAUGAUGUUAUUUCUAGCACCCAUUUUUUGCUUGAUAGUCAAGCAGUGCUUCUUGUAAGUCAGAGCACAGUCCAGAGUAACUUCCAGGUAUUUUGGUGUGCCACAAUGCUCCAGUGAGAUUCCUUCCCAGGUCAUCCUCAGAGCUUAAGAUGCUGGAUGGGUGUCCCUUGGGGUCUCUUCCAACUCUAGGAGUCUGUGAUUGUAUGCUAUGAUUAUCUGAUUCUGAGCAGUGCUCCAACUCUGUUUGCGUGUGUGUGUGUCAGGAGCAACUUGAGAAACUGCAAGUUGCUUCUGGUGUGAGAGAGUUGGCCAUCUGCAAGGACGUUGCCCAGGGGACGCCCGGAUGUUUGAUGUUUUCCCAUUCUUAUGGGAGGCUUCUCUCAUGUCCCCUCAUGGGGAGCUGGAGCUGACAAACAGGAGCUCAACCCACUUUCCCCAGAAUCGAAUCGCUGACCUGUUGGUCAGCAGUCCUGCCGGCACAAGGGUUUAACCCAUUGCACCAGCCGGGGGCUCCGUCCAACUCUGUGAAAGAGACUGAUGUCCAUCUUCAGCACAGAACCAACAGGCAUGCUUGACUUUGGCCUUCCUUGUAUGCAUUCAGCUCUCUUUGAAAACACCAAAGCCCCCUUUAGAAUAAAUCUGGGACUUCCUUUUCAAGUCCUGAAAAGAUUUUAAUUCUGAGGUCUGGGAAGUCCCAACCUUUCUCUUUCUAUCCUUCUCUUUCUCUUUCUCUUUCAUUCCUUCGGGAUGACCUUUCUGCCUGCCUCAGCGGCAGCUUCAGUACUUGCUAUUGGUGCAGGCAUAGGCCCUGGAGCUCUUGGGGAUACCUUGGCUCAAAGGCAAAGGAAGAAUCAUGAACCGCUUCUCUCCCUCUCUCCCCUUCCUGCAGGCCUUGGCGCCACGCUUGAUGCUGUGAAGCAUGGACCGCUUUGCCAGCUCUGGGACGCAGACGGAGGCCGUGGUGGUGCUCUCUCUGGCCCAGGCGGCCGUCCUGGGCCUGGUCUCAGAGAAUGAAGUCUUUGGCGCCACUACAGUCAGCCCUGGAGGCCUCUUCUCGGGCUUCGCGAACAAGAUCGACAGCCCUGCAGUGACAGCCGCCACUCCGCCAAAGCAGCCGGAGGGCAUCCGGCUGCUGGAGAACGGAAGUCACGGUCUGCCAGCAGUGGCAGGAAGCCCUGAGGAGGAGGAGGGGCUGGAGGCUGAUGCGUCCUCCUUUGGGAGGCAGGCACGGAGAAGGAAGCGUCCCCCUGUGAGGCUGGUGCCUAAGGUGAAGCACGAGAAAGGGGAGGCUGCUGAGCAGGAGGAGGAGGAAGAGGCCAACUAUGAGGGGCCCGCCCCUGGUGAAGAGCAUCAAGAGCAGCUGGAUGCUCAGCACACCUGUGAGCAGACAGUCCAGAGCAGCGCCACCAGGAUGAUCGACCUCAGCGCCUUUGGCAGGAGGCCUCGGCGACACCGGCACCUGCGGAGACACGGGUCGGAAGGGCUGUCUUUAGGAGGAGGGGGCUACGAGGAGAGGCUCCCCAGCCCCAUGCAGGCCAGGGCUGAGGAGCCCCCCUUCACCAGGGACUGUAGCUUCCAGGCCAGCUCCCUGUGUGUACCCUCACUGUCCGUUCCCAACUUGAGGCACCAUCGUGCAGCACAGCCUCCUCCUCCUCCAGAGCAUCCGGGCAAGCGUGAGGCAGGCUUCGUGUGGCAGGAGCCACAGGACUUUGAGGCAGAGAACUACGGCGGGGAGCAGAGCAAGAAGAUGCAGCUGGACCGGCUGGACAUCAACGUGCAGAUCGACGACUCGUACUUAGUGGAGAAGCGUUGGCAGUGCCGCCUCUGUGAGAAGUCCUACACCUCCAAGUACAAUCUAGUGACGCAUAUCCUGGGCCACAACGGCAUCAAGCCCCACUCAUGCCCACACUGUGGGAAGCUCUUCAAGCAGCCCAGCCACCUGCAGACCCAUCUGCUGACCCACCAGGGCACCCGGCCCCACAAGUGCCAGGUCUGCCACAAAGCCUUCACCCAGACCAGCCACCUCAAGCGCCACAUGCUGCUCCACUCAGACAUCAAGCCCUACAGCUGCCGCUUCUGCGGCCGCGGCUUCGCCUACCCCAGCGAGCUCCGGGCCCAUGAGGGGAAGCACCAGAGUGGGCGCUGCCACGUCUGCGUGGAGUGCGGCCUGGACUUCUCCUCCCUGGCCCAGCUCAAGCGCCACUUGGGAACCCACCAGGGCCCCACACUCUUCCCCUGCCCCGAAUGCAGCAAGGCCUUCCACUACCGCAGCCAACUCCAGAACCACCUGCUCAAGCACCAGAACGUCCGGCCCUUUGUCUGCACUGAGUGCGGCAUGGAGUUCAGCCAGAUCCACCACCUCAAGCAGCACGCCCUGACCCACAAGGGUGUGAAGGAGUUCAAGUGUGAAGUGUGCGGGCGGGAAUUCACGCUGCAGGCCAACAUGAAGAGGCACAUGCUGAUCCACACCAGCGUGCGCCCCUACCAGUGCCACAUCUGCUUCAAGACCUUUGUGCAGAAGCAGACGCUGAAGACGCACAUGAUCGUCCACUCGCCGGUCAAGCCCUUCAAGUGCAAGGUCUGUGGGAAAUCCUUCAACCGCAUGUACAACCUGCUGGGCCACAUGCACCUCCACGCAGGCAGCAAGCCCUUCAAGUGCCCUUACUGUUCCAGCAAGUUCAACUUGAAGGGGAACCUCAGCCGUCACAUGAAGGUCAAGCACGGCGUGAUGGACAUCAACCUGGACAACCAAGAUCCCUUGCUGGAGCUGGCGGGCGGCGAGCAAGCGGAGAUGGACCACCGGCAGCGGGAAAUGGAGGACUAUGAGGAGGAGAACGCAUACAACUACAGGGGGGUGGGGAACGCCACGGACAACUCAGCCUUGGCAGAACAAGCCAUGAAGGAGAUGGCCUACUACAACAUGUUGUAGCGGAAGGAAUGUCAAAGGAGAAGAGAGGCAGGCAGGGAUCUUCCUUACCCCUCCGACCGGACUCUACUUGGGAAGCAGGGGCUGCCCGAGGCUGCUACACCUCUCUCUGGCAUCUACUCUUUACCUCUGGGAGCCUCGGCCCCCUUUUUGUCGUCUCACUGCUGCUCCGUUGGGCUGGUCCCACUUUCCCUGCCAUCCCGCCGCCCAUUCGUCCGUCCAUGAGGGGCUAGAAGUGCCCCUCGCCUCACUCUACCUCCAAACAGACUGGCAAAGGGGAUGGUGGUGGAGACAGAGCAGGCGCCCGUCUGCGCAUUGCGGAGCCAGCAAGACGUUUAGUGGACUGCCCUUCAUUGUUUCCUUCGGUCGAUGGGAGAAGCCAGAGCCCAGCGACAACUGCCGACCUUCCUUGCCAAGAGCAACCCUGUUAAAUUAUUACAUGGACUCCCAACAGAGGAUUGUACCACUUGUGCAUAGAUCUACUGUGUUUUAUUUUCCUGUUCUGACGGCGUUCAGCAAUAAACGAAUUAUCCUUUGACAGAAGAA